GUUUUCUUUUCAGGUCAUUAACCAGUUUCUCAAACAGUUAGGUAUACAUCCUGACUGGCAAUUUGUAGAUGUGUAUGGUAUGGAUCCAGAACUACUUAGCAUGGUGCCAAGACCUGUCUGUGCAGUGCUACUGCUCUUCCCAGUAACAGAAAAGUAUGAAACAUUCAGAACAGAAGAGGAAGAGAGAAUAAAAGCCCAGGGACAAAAUGUCAGAUCAUCAGUAUAUUUCAUGAAGCAAACUAUCAACAAUGCUUGUGGAACAAUUGGACUUAUUCAUGCUAUUGCAAACAACAGAGAUAAAAUGAACUUUGAAUCAGAUUCUACAUUGAAAAAAUUCCUGGAAGAUUCGUUACCUAUGAGUCCUGAAGAGAGAGCCAAAUAUUUAGAAACCUAUGAAGCUAUUCGUGUUACUCAUGAAUCCAGUGCCCAUGAAGGUCAGACUGAGGUCAAACAUAACCAUGUAGGUCCUGCACAGGCUACCAAUUCAUCAAUCCGUCUUCAUUGUUGGCAGCCAUUGAUACGCCUUCCUGUUGGGCUCCGUUCUGCACCAAGCAUAGAUGAAAAAGUAGAUCUUCACUUUAUUGCGUUGGUUAACGUAGGCAGUCAUCUCUAUGAAUUAGAUGGGCGCAAACCUUUUCCAAUAAACCAUGGACAAACUAGUGAUGACACCUUUUUAGAGGAUGCAGUAGAAGUUUGCAAGAAGUUCAUGGAACGUGACCCAGAAGAAUUAAGAUUUAAUGCAAUUGCUCUGUCUGCAGCUUAACUAUCCCAUUUGGAAAAGCUGCACCACUAAUCUACUGAAACAAAACAAAAAUAUUGCCAUAUAUUAAUGUACGACUUUUGAUACUUUCACUAACAUGUUGAUGAUGUGAGUAUAUAUGGAUUAAAUCUUGAAUUAGUCUUUA